CUGUGAGACGUACGGUGACGUAGAGCUGGUCAUCUUGAAAAGUUGUAGGAACAAGCACUGGUCAAGCCACACCGCCACAUCAUGUUUUCUAACCACACCAGCGGCGUGUGGAUCUGUCUGCAAGACGAGCACACAAGUCUGCAAACCCUAGCUACGCCACGGCUUGACGUACUCACCCAGGCCCUGGUGCCGACACUGCUCCUGCUUGCCAUCCUGCUCAUGUGGUCCCUGCUCCACAAGUCUGACAACCCCCGCCUCCCCCCUGGCUCAAUGGGUCUACCGUUUCUGGGUGAAACUUUGGAAUUUUUUAAGAACAAAGAUUUCUUCGAGACCCGCCGCAGACGAUACGGCCCUGUCUUCAAGACGCACAUCCUGGGCUCGCCCGUCAUCCGGGUCAUCGGGGCCCCCCACGUGAGGACGAUCCUGUUCAACGAGGACAGCCUGGUCACUGCCUACUGGCCCACCAGUGUCCGUCUGCUACUGGGGGAGGGGAGUGUGGGGAUGGCCAUUGGCGGCCUGCACCGGUCCAGGAGACGUGCCCUACAGAAGGCGUUUAACCACCACGCCCUGAGCCAGUACCUGCCAAUCAUGCACAAGGUGGUGAAAUCUUCCAUCGACUCCUGGUGUCACCAGCCGUCUGUAUUGGCGUACGAUCAAUGUAAGACCAUGACCUUCACCUUGGCUGCCCAGGUGCUGGUUGGAUUUGACCUCACGCCCCCGGAACUCGAGGAACUGAUGGGCGUGUUCGACACGUUUUGUAACAACCUCUUCUCUCUGCCACUGCGCUGCCCAGGAUUGGGGCUUUUGAAGGGAAUUACUGCCCGUGGUAUUCUGCUUGAGAGAAUCGAGUCCUGCCUGUUGAAAAAAGAGGGGAGGGGUGAGGCAGGCGACGCCAUGUCCCGCCUCAUCAGCGGUCACGAUGCCCUGAGUCUCGCAGAGGUCAAGGACCUAUGUCUGGAGCUGCUGUUUGCAGGGUUUUCAACGCUCUCCAGCGCUGCCACUUCUCUGCUUUAUUAUCUGCAUCAGAACAGUGAGGUCAUGGGCAGACUUGAGCUUGAGCUGGCCGAGCACGGAUUGGCUGAGGAAGACACGUGCAACCUGUCGCUGAACACUCUGGGUAAACUAAAGUACGCCGGGGCGGUGGUCAAGGAGGUGCUGAGGAUAGCCCCGCCCAUUGGGGGAGGCUUCCGUACCGUGCUCAAGCCUUUCACUCUAAAUGGUUAUCAAAUCCCUGCCGGAUGGAAAGUUGUGUACAGCAUACGAGAGACACAUCUGUCGUCAGACGUCGAACACGUCCAGAAAUUUCAACCUGAAAGAUGGCUAGAGAAAGACCAACACAAGGAGGAAACUUUGGAUUACAUCCCUUUCGGCGGAGGAGCCAGGAUGUGUGUCGGUAAACAGUACGCACAAAUAUUCCUGCGCGUCUUUCUCGUUGAACUAGUCCGAUCCUGAAAUGGCGUCUGGUGAAUCCAUCCGUGCCGAUGAGUUAUCUCCCUGUGCCCCAUCCU